AUGGGAAACUCCUACUCCCACCCCUCCCGACCUUCGCACGCCCCCAUAUCCUCCAAGGGACAGCCCGCCCAUUCUUCAUCCGAGCACGCCCACGUCGCCCAGUCCAACCUCCCCAAUCUGCUCGAGAGGCUCAAAAAGGACAAACAUGUGAGGAGCAUGUCGGUAGAGAUCAACUUUGCGCAGACCGAGACGCCUGUCCAGUCUUCGGGCAAGCAGAGAAAGGCCGAUUUUAUGAACAGACUCGCUGCCGCAGAGCGAAAGGCCCGUCCCCCAUGGCCGCUACUGUACCCAGCUGAUGGCAUCACAGAUGAGAUCCCCUUCUUCUCCAGUCCCCAGAGAAGACUCUCCCACGCUCAGGCGCUUCAAAGCAUCCUCCGCAUCUCCACCCAGCGACCUUGUUCUCGGUCUUUGCGCAACCUCAAGACCCCGUGGACCCCCAAGUCAUCUGCCGACCUUGAAGCUGAGAGGGCGAUGGCCCAUCGUCUUCAUCAAGAACGCCGUGCCGAGUUUAUCGCUCUGAUGGCCGAAGGGCAGAUCAAGAUCGACGCCGAGCGCGACCGUCUCGCCCGAGAUAAACGUUCACUCGUCUCCGCCAAACCCAUGACUACCCUCUCUAGCCAGACCGACAAGCCUGCAUUCAGCCUCCCUCGUUCUUUGCGCACUCCUCGAAAGCCAAAGCACCAUAAUGUCGACUAUCAGCUGGAUAAUGUGGAGAAGAGGGAGGGUUUCAUGGCCAGGCUUGUGCAAGGGCAAGCUAGAAUCGAUGCCAAACACGCGCGCAAAGUGGAGCCCCUUCAAGACCAACUGUCUCCCCACUCUGAAAUAUUUGCUAGCGUUGACGAUAUGAAGCCUUCAGACGAUGCAAGCAUGACUGCGGAGGAGAUUGUCUUCCAGCAACGCAAGAAGGAGUUUGUCGCUCUGAUGGCCGAAGGUCAGACCAAGAUCGAGGCUGUCCGUAGGGUUCAGAUGGACUCUCCCACUCUCCCGUCUUUCCCAGUGUCCAGCAAGAACCCGAUGACACCGCCUGCCUCAUCUUACAGCCAUCGCGAACCCACAUCUUCGUCCUCAUCGAUCAACACCACGUCUUCUUGGAAGUCCCGCGGACUCAAGCCCCUUCGCCUCUUGCAGUCUAGCUCGUCUAGGGCGAUCACUCGACCCUUCGGCUCCCCGAGCACUCCGACGCCGUCCGUCGGCGACCCAGAUGUGAGCAUCCCGAGCAGCAAAAAGGCCACCACGGCGAACGGCCGUCUAGACGAUCCCUUCCACCGCGCACCCGGCCAUGCACAAAAGCCGAGUAAACCUUCUUCCGAGCCGGCCAUGCGCUCCACUCGGGAGAAGGGCGACAAUGUGUUUGAUGUGAGCUUUGCCAGAUUCCGAAGCGCUAGCGGGAAGAAUAUCAAGCGCUUGGAACUUGAAGCAGACCUCAAUCUGGAGAGCUUGUCCCAAGCUGUGGCAUCGGCCGCUGUCUCUUCCUCUUCCUACAAGGAGAACCACGACACCAAAGCCCGCGACACUGCUGCCGCAGACACAUCUUUUGAGUGGAUGUCGGACAGUACUGGAGUAUACCAUGAUGCGGCGCAAGAUGUGUCUUUGGACAAGGUGCCCCUUACUCCGCCAAGCUUGUAUCCCGACGAGACGACGAAGGAGGCCUACCAAACGCCUGUGCUUAGUCCAGAGAUUGCGACCCCGGACCAUUCCGAUACCUCUAGGGUGUCUAUCACGGAUAUCAUCAACAACGCCUUCAUCGACCCCGAGCAUGAGAACGCCAACCUUGUCAAGACCGCUGGCAACCCCUUCCGUGUUCCUGACAAGGUCAUGUUUGACUACGACAAGACCUUUCCUCGACAGAUGCCUGUGCUCCCAGAGUCGUCCCCGAAGAGCGACCUCUCGACUUCAUCCGACGAGGUCAGCCAGUAUGUGCCGCAAGAUCACAGUCUCAUGUCUUUCGACUCUGAGUAUUCUCAAGCUACCGCUACCGCCGACACCUUCCACGAGCUCGACAACCUCACCCCGGUACGAUCAGAUACUUCUCCCGACUUUUCAUUCCCCGGAGACGACUCUGGACCCAUCAAGUUUCGCCGGGAAAGUCUAAAGGCGUCAAGUGAGGUCGAGAUGCUGAGCGGGAGGGACGAGACUUUUGAAUCUCUGUCUUCUCUCUGGUCUCAGCCUUCGCUGGUCAUCCGGGCGAGCGAGGAGUCUGUCCGACAUGUGGUCGAGCCAGUGGUUGAGCCAGUGGAUUGCAUGCCUUCCGCACAUACUGAUCCUCAAAACGUAUCCGAGGGCUCCAAGAGAGCGAGCGUGGUGAUCUCUAGCCCGAAUGGGAGUAUCCCGGGUAUCACCAUCUCCGACAUGUCUGACGACAACGAUGACGACUCGACCCACGACCCUACCACCCCUCCCCACCGUUCCCUAAAAUCCAAGCGUGCUCCGGCCCCAAAGAGGAUGCGAGAGAACGACACAUCCUCCAUUGCCUAUCCCAAAUCUCUUCGACGUGCGCCGACAAAGGACAAGACUGGCCGUGGGCCUUUAACGCCUCUUUCUCCAAACCUGUCUAGGAUGAGUCGCAAUACACUGAGCCUUGGAAAGUACAACUCUACCCAGCCUACCGUACAAGACAAGGAACAAGAGCAGGAUCCCAAAGAUGGCAAGAGGACUUUGAAGGGCUUUGCUAUGAAGAGGAUGAGCAUGAUGAGGAUGAGGAGUGGGAAUGGAGAGCAGAGGAGCGUUGGGCAGGGGUUGAGGAUGUUCUAG